AUGAAGCAUCUGUUGCUGCUGCUGCUCGGCCACCUGGCUGCUGCGGUGUUGUCGGCCCCCAUGGGAUUUGUGAGGUGGUGUACAAAGUCUGAUAAAGAGUUCAAGAAGUGCUCAGACCUGGCUUCCAAGGCGCCGGUCUUUUCCUGUGUGAUGAAAUAUAGCUCGAUGGAGUGCAUCGAUGCCAUUCAAAAUGGUACAGCAGAUGCAAUCACAUUGGAUGGAGGAGACCUCUACACUGCUGGACUGGAGAACAAAAAAUUGCAACCCAUAAUUGCAGAGCACUAUGGCAACUCAUCGGAAGGCUGCUACUACGCAGUCGCUGUGGUUAAGAAGGGCUCUGGCUUCGGCAUCAGAGACCUAGCUGGGAAGAGAUCCUGUCACACUGGCCUGGGAAAAUCCGCUGGCUGGAAUAUGCCAAUUGGAACCCUCCUAAAAUUGGGUAUAUUGAAGUGGGGUGGCAGUGAUAAGCGAACUAUUGAGAAAGUGGUAGGUGACUUUUUCUCAUCGAGCUGCGCCCCCGGGGCAGAAAAGGACUCUCAACUGUGUAAAAGCUGCAAGGGUGACUGUUCACGGUCCCACAAUGAACCAUUCUAUGGCUAUGAUGGUGCCUUUCAGUGCCUGGUAGAAGAUGCUGGUGAUGUAGCUUUUGUCAAUCAUCUUACUGUACCAGACAAAGAGAAGGUGAAGUAUGAGCUUCUGUGCCCUGACAACACAAGAGCGCGUAUUGAGGACUACAAAGAAUGCCAUCUGGCCAGGGUACCUGCUCAUGCAGUGGUCACCCGCAAAGAACCUGAACUGGCCAAAUUAAUCAGGAAAAGUCUCUCGGCAGUACAUGACUUUGACCUUUUUUCCUCCAAAGCAUACGCACCUGCAAAAAAUCUAAUGUUCACAGACACUACUGAAAAGCUGGUUAAACUGCCUUCAAACAUGAACUCCUUCUUGUAUUUGGGUGCUGGCUAUAUGAGUGUCAUACGCUCCUUGAACAAAGAGAUCACUGCAGCCGGAUCAAACGCCAUUACAUGGUGUGCCGUGGGCCCAAGUGAGAUGAAGAAAUGUGACAUGUGGAGAAUCAGAAGUAUGAUGGCUGGUGAAAACAAAAUUCUGUGCCAGAAUGCAUCUACUGUGGAAGAGUGCAUGAAGAAGAUCAUGAGUAAGGAAGCGGAUGCAAUGGCAGUGGAUGGAGGAGAGAUCUACAUUGCCGGGCAGUGCGGUCUUGUUCCAGCAAUGGUGGAGCAGUAUGAUGAAGCAAAGUGCAACACGUCUGGAGCUUUAGCAUCUUCCUACUAUGCUGUGGCGGUGGUCAAGAAGGAUUCUGGCAUUUCCUGGGCAAACCUGAGGGGGAGGAGGUCCUGCCACACAGGCUAUGGCAGAAAUGCAGGCUGGAAUGUCCCCAUGGGUAAAAUCUAUAAACAGACUGGUGACUGCAACUUCACCAAAUUCUUCAGCAGUGGCUGCGCCCCUGGAGCUCCAGCCAACUCGCCGUUCUGUUUCCAGUGUGCAGGGAGUGAUGGAACUGUGAACGACGAGGCCAAGUGCCAACCCAAUUCAGAAGAGAAAUAUUACGGCUAUGCUGGGGCCUUUAGAUGUCUUGUUGAGGGUGCUGGUGAUGUUGCCUUCAUUAAACACACAACUGUUGAAGAAAACAGCAAUGGAAAGGGUCCUGCAUGGGCCACAAACAUCUUAAGCAGUGACUACAAACUGAUUUGCCCCAAACGGAGUAGUCCUGUGCCGAUCACAGAUUUUGAGUCUUGCCACCUGGCUGCCACGCCAGCACAUGCUGUGGUGACCCGUCCAGAGACUCGUGAUUAUGUUGUCAGAAAUCUUCGGACACAGCAGGUCAGGUUCGGCAGAGGGGGCAGCGAUGCCAGUUUUGCGAUGUUUCAGUCCCAGUCAAACAACCUCCUUUUUAAAGACUCCACCAAAUGUCUCCAAGAGGUGCCAAGUGGAUUUGACUAUAAAGACUUCUUGGGACAAGAUUAUAUGGAUACCAUGACCUCACUAAGGCAGUGCACCGACAGCACUCCAGAUCUGGAGAAACUUUGCACAUUCAACACCUGUCUCCCUCUACUUAAUACCAAAAGAGGGAAGCGAGGCGAUGGAAUGAGAGAUAAAGAGAGCGAGAAAAGACACGGAGGCCUGGAGAGAGACGAAGAUGGAGAGUGCGAGGAGCAGCAGUGUAGCAGCCCUCAGCAUGUGUGCAGCAGGCUGCCUCUCUCAGCCUAG